CGGCGGGCCGUCUCCCGGGCACUGCGGCCCCGCGCCGAGUGCGAACGCCGAGGCGGAAGGGCCGGCGGACGCCCGGCGGCUCGAGGCCCGGACGGAAACCGCGGAGGGCGGGGAGGCCACGGCCUAGAGCGGCGCUGCGGCGCGGUGGGCGGGACUAAGGCGAGCGCCGAGCCCAUUGGCCGGCGGCCCCGGCGUCGCUCGUGACGCACCGCGCGGGGAGGGUGCGCGCGCCUUCAGCGGCCUCUUUGUGUGGCGUCCGGAUAGGGGAGCGGAGGUGGCGGCCGCGGCGGCCCUGGUGGGGUUCCAGCGUCCUCGGCUCGCCCUCGGGCCGGCAGCGCGCCCCUUCCCUCCCCCUCCCGCCCCUUCCCCGCCGGUGGUGGCGGCGGCGGCGGCGGCCCGGCCCGGGCUCCGACGAGGCCUCGGCGACCGCUAACGGCGACGGCGACGCCGCGGAGCGCGCAGGGCGGGGGCAGGGCCCGGGCGGCCGACAUGGAGAACUCGCAGCUGUGUAAGCUGUUCAUCGGCGGCCUCAACGUGCAGACGAGUGAGUCGGGGCUGCGCGGCCACUUCGAGGCCUUCGGGACGCUGACGGACUGCGUGGUGGUGGUGAACCCCCAGACCAAGCGCUCCCGCUGCUUCGGCUUCGUGACCUACUCGAACGUGGAGGAGGCGGACGCCGCCAUGGCCGCGUCGCCGCACGCGGUGGACGGCAACACGGUGGAGCUGAAGCGCGCCGUGUCGCGGGAGGAUUCGGCGCGGCCCGGCGCGCACGCCAAGGUGAAGAAGCUGUUCGUGGGCGGCCUCAAGGGCGACGUGGCGGAGGGCGACCUGAUCGAGCACUUCUCGCAGUUCGGCGCGGUGGAGAAGGCGGAGAUCAUCGCCGACAAGCAGUCGGGCAAGAAGCGCGGCUUCGGCUUCGUCUACUUCCAGAGCCACGACGCGGCCGACAAGGCGGCGGUGGUCAAGUUCCACCCGAUCCAGGGCCACCGCGUGGAGGUGAAGAAGGCGGUGCCCAAGGAGGAUAUCCACGCGGGCGGCGGGGGCGCGCGGGCGGCCCGGGGCGGGCGCGGCGGUGCCCGGGGCCGCGGCGGCGGCGGCGGCGGCCGAGACCAGAACGGGCUGGCCAAGGGCGGCGGCGGCGGCUACAACAGCUACGGCGGUUACGGGGGCUACGGCGCCUACGGGGGCGGCGGCGGCGGCGGCGGCUCGUACGGCGGCAGCGACUACGGCAACGGCUUCGGCGGCUUCGGCAGCUACAGCCAGCACCAGUCCUCGUACGGGCCCAUGAAGAGCGGCGGCGGCGGCGGCGGCGGCGGCAGCUGGGGCGGCCGCAGCAACAGUGGACCGUACAGAGGCGGCUACGGCGGCGGCGGCGGCUACGGCGGAGGCUCGUUCUAGAAGCCGGGUUCCGGAUGCCGGGCGGCGGCGCCCCUGCCCCCCGCGCCCCCCCCAGGCGCCCUCGGGGGAGCCGCCCACCCGGGGGGGCCGCAACCCCCCGUUUGCCUGCCUGUCUCCCUCUGAAGGUGGACUCGGCCCCACACACACAUUUUUGUGUUACAGUCAUUGAUGGACUCUAUUUUUUUAUUAUUACUUGGACCUUGGUCGUUUUUAUACUAGCAAAAUGUCUUGUUUUAAUUUGUGUUUUUUUGGGGGCGGGUGGGCGGGAGGGAGUGAACUUGCUGAUUCUGUAGCAAAACCUGGGUGGGGGUUGGGCGGGCGGGUAGUUUACUUUGUUGUAAGGACUUGAUACCUGGCUACAGCGUUUUCUAUGAAACCUACUUGGAUCCCAUGCCUGAAAUUUGGAAGCAUAUGUACAAACAAAAAAUCAUUUUUACGUUUUAUUUUUAAUAAAUCAUUGUGUUUGACCGUACAUGUCUAACAUUUUCUUUUCUAGGAUCCACUCUUUACCGUUUUCAAAGGGUAUUUUUUUUCUUUUUCUUUUUUUUUUUUUUUUUUGCUAGUUAUUGAUGUGUACUUUGAGGAACUUAAGAAGAGGUCCUGUAGCUUAUUUUUUUUUCCCUUCCUGUUUGCCCAGCUAGUGAUGUGUUGAAUUUACCUUUUACAGACAAAACUUUGAAGUGGUGGAUGUGGCUGUUUAAAAGUUUCUGUGCAUCCAUCUGUUUGUAAUAAGCGAUUUGCUUAUCAUCUUGACAUAGUUGGUCACUUCUUUCUAUAAGAAUUUACUUCAAAAUAUGUACUGUGUAGUUUUAAAAGAAAUAGUUUGUGUUUUAAGCAUGUGUUUUUAUUCAUAUAAACUGUUUAAAACUUUUUUAGAUGACCUAGUUUCAUCUUUACUGGUUUGUCUGUAAUGAAUGGUUACAAAUAAGGGUUAUAUUUUACCCUAACACUAAAUGAUUUUUUUUUUUUUAAUGUAUUUUCAGAGCAGGUUUAAAAACCGCUUCUUCCCUAAAUCUGAACUUUGUCCUUUUAAGUCCAGCCUAUGUAGCACCAUCUACUGGUAGAGUGACAGUAUAGCUGCAAGACAGUCGUUUUUAAAUAACAGCUUGUUCAGGACAAUUUCAUCAGAUUUAGCAGUUUGCUCUCGGAAGUCCGCAGGCUUGAAAGUCCCGCAUUUACUUGUAGUUGAGCCGGGCCUCCCAGGUGUGCAUUUAACAGCCCAUAUCAGUCACUUUUUCUACGUGAGAUUUGACAAUGUAAACUGCUAUGCAUAGCUUGGGCAGUAGCCCCGAACUGCUCUGGUAGCUACUGAAGCAGCUAUGUGUACCGGGGUUUUAGGUGCAAGUUGUAAAACAAAAUAUCUGUAUUCUGCUUGGUUAACGUGUAUUUGUAGCCCUUCAUGCAAUAGAAUUCAAGUUGUUGUUUAUAAAAAAAGAACAAAAAAAAAACUGAUAAUAGGGGAAACUUGCCUUCCUGGAUAGAAAAAUAGAAUAGUAACGUUUAUGGAUAUCACAAAUAAAGAAUUCAAUUCUUUA